AUGUCUAAUUCAAUGUCAGGACAAUUAAAACGUUUUGAUGCUUAUGCUAAAACACUUGAUGAUUUUCGUAUUCGAACAACAAGCGGUGGAUUUGUAACUAUAAUUAGUUCAAUUCUAAUAUUUAUUUUAUUUUUUAUUGAAUUAAAAUAUUUUUUAACAACUGAUAUUGUACAAGUUUUAUUUGUUGAUACAAGUCGACAAGAAAAAAUGAAUAUAACAAUUGAUAUAAAAUUUCCUGUAUUAUCAUGUAAUUAUUUAACUGUUGAUGCAAUGGAUAUUGCAGGUGAUUCUCAAACAGAUAUUGCACAUAAUUUAUUUAAAACAAGAUUACAUCUAAAUGGUAGUAUUAUUGAGAAUGAUAUUGUUAAAAUUUCACUUCAACCAUUAAUGAAAUUAAAUAGUACAAAAUUAAAUAAUGAGAAUAUGGAAACAACAACGAAAUCAGAUUGUGAAUCUUGUUAUGGAGCAGAAACAGUCAUACAAAAAUGUUGUCCGACAUGUGAUGAUGUUAAAGCAGCGUAUAGAGUUAAAGGAUGGUCAUUUGAUCCAAGUGGUGUUCAACAGUGUAUUCGUGAAGGAAAAACUAUGGAUACACUUAGUACUGAUAAUGUUGCAUUGUUAAAUGAAGGUUGUCGAAUACAUGGUCAUUUAGAAGUUAAUAAAGUAGCUGGAAAUUUUCAUAUUGCUCCUGGUCAAUCAUUUCAACAGCAUCAUGUUCAUGUUCAUUCUUUAAAAAAUUUACGUUUACAUGAGCUGAAUACAACACAUUUGAUAGAUGAAUUAACAUUUGGUGAACGUUUUCCUAAUCAAAUUAAUCCAUUAUCAAAUACAAAACAAAUAACAAAUGCUCAUGAUAAUGGUGCUAUACUUUUUCAUUAUUAUGUUAAAAUAGUUCCAUCUACGUAUGUUUUUUUAAAUCAAACACAAUUAAUAACAAAUCAAUAUUCAGUUACAAAACAUAAGAAAGCUAUUACGAAUCUAUUUGAUUCAUCUGAUCAUCAAUUGCCAGGAGCAUUUUUUACUUAUGAAAUAAGUGCAAUUAUGGUUAAAUUUGUUGAACAAAAACGUUCAUUAGCACGUUUUUUAACGUCAUUAUGUGCAAUUAUUGGAGGAGUAUUUACUGUUUCAAGUUUAAUUGAUGGGUUCCUUUAUCGUGGUAGUUGUCUUUUACAUAAACAAACUGAACUUGGCAAAGGAACAUAG